ACUUUAACUCUAACUGUGCUUCAGAUGUCCUGAAAGUCUGGCAGUUUGUUUUCAAGCGCGUGAAGUUUUAUUUCCAUUAGCUGACAAGUUGUUAGCCAGCCAGCUAAUCCCAUGCUACCCGAGCUAACCUCCAUCAGCCGAGGAGAAUAAAGUUUGAGGGGCGUUGUGGAGCCGUUAGGAGGCUGUCGGGAGCGGAGCACCGCCGGUAACGGGCAGGUGGACGAGGAGACGGAGGCUAGCUCCAGACCAGGUUCUGCUUAACUCAUUUUCUGGGGGUGGGGUGGGAGGAUUUUAGGCUCCUACUUUGAUUUAGAGUGGAGGAAUGCGCUAGCCGAAGUUAGCCCAGCGGGAGUGAGUUUGAAGGCAGCAGCCUGUCUCUCAGACUGGGGUAUAAAUGAUCAGGAGCAAAGGGCAGGGGCAGCUCGGGGAGUAAAGGGAGGACCAGAUAGGCUCUAGCAGGACUCCGGUAGCUUUACACAGCUAAUUAAACGAGCUGUUGUACACAAGACCAGGUAGACGAGGAGGCUGGAUGGUGCUGCCCCCAAAAACCUGACCUCUCCUCUCCGGCAGUGAGUGUGACUGAAGGCCGUUAGCAGCACAAAGGCCGCCUCCAUGGAGCCAGCACCGGAGUCUUUGUAAAGAGUGAGGGGGGGUGUAGACGCCAGAUUCAGCAAUAUAUGGACGAAACCUGAGCCGGGAGUUUACUGCAAGGCUUUAUUGAUGAUGGCGGAUUUUGUUACACCGCGACGCAGCGAGGUGAUGGAGCGGCUCCGCCGGAGGAUCGAGCAGUUCCGGCAGCAUCACAACAACUGCGAGGAGCGCUACUUGGCCGCGAUGAUGGAGCGGCAGGAGAUGGACCGGCAACAGACCUACGCCCUGCACCAGCGCUGCCUGCAGUCCAAAGCCAAGCGGUCCAACAAGCACCGGCAGCACCAGCCCAGCGGCGAUCAGGCCGGGCAGAGAGCGCCCGGAGGCGGAGGAGGAACCGGCGGGGAGCACGGGGAGAGCGGGGUGAUGACGGGGGAGCAGAGCAGGAGCAGCACCCUGGAGACUCUAAAGAGGAAGCUGGAGAGCCUCAGUCCCCCUGACCUGCGAGGACAAGUCAACAGUUAUGAAAGCUUCCCGUCGAGCCAGAAAGGCUGCCAGGACAACAGCGCUACCGCCGGUUCCCCGCUUGACUCCAAGCCAGAUAUCAGCAACUCUAACGGGCCCAUGUGCGAGUCGGGAGACGGUGGCAGAGAGCCGGGUCCAGACUUCCAUCCGAAAGAGAUGAAGCAGGAGCCAGACGACAUCCUCCCCAUCAUGCCACCCCCGGUUGGCAACAACAGCCUGUUCCCUGAACUGAACGAACAGGAGUGGACAGAGCUGAUGGAGGAGCUGAACUUCCCUGUGGACUACGAAGACAUCCAGGAGAUCCUCAACGAUGGCUUUGAGGACCGCAAAGACCCUCUGGAACUGGCAGCCACUCAGGUUGGUGGUGGUGCUGUCGGGGGAGGGGCAGGAGGGGGGGGACAGUCUUCCCAGGGUUUACUUCCUCCAGAUUUGGUGAGCGUGAAGGCGGAGUUUUCCCCACCCUCUGCCGUCUUCGAGCAGGAUUCUCGCACUGGCUCCCCCCAAGUCAGAUCCACGCCUUCCGGGACUGCUCCUCCUCAUCCCACUAGCUCCCCUGUCGCCUCCUCCUCUGCCUCUUCCCCAGCUCUUUCCACCUCCCAGCCUGCUCCUCCCAGGCAAAUCCAGCCUCCACCCAACCACCUCCUCCCUCAGGGGCCCAAAGACUUGUCCCCUGCCCAGCAGCUCCAGGAACUGGCUGUCCGGCAGCAGAGAGUCCAGCACCUCCACAGACAUAUGCAGCAGCAGCAGCCAGGAGCCAAGUUCCCCACCCACCCCACCCACCCCUCUCCAUGGUCCCAGAUGCCCAAUACCUCUCAAAGCUCACAAGCGAGUGCAUUUGGUAUGGACAAAUCCACAAAUAACUCCCUUUACUCACAGGAUUUCAAUCCCAAUGCCCAGAAGCAGCUGGUGAUAUCCAGUCAGCCCAACAAGGCCUCUCCAAAGGCGGGUGCCAGCAGCUUCAUGCCGGGCUCCUCCGGACACCCCAACAUGCUGGGUCACCCGACUUCAGGGCCGCCUCUCAGCCACGCGCCGGCAGCAGGUGCUCAGGCCCCGGCCGUCAUGCUGAACUACAACAACACCAAACCUCUGUCGCACUAUGAGGCGGGGCCCGGACCACCGCGACCCACUAACCAGAACCAGAAGGUGGGCCUGCUUUCACUCAUCCAGCAGCAGUGCCGCAAAGAGAAGCCCUACCGGCCUCAUAUGCCACACCCACAGGAUCAGAACGGCUACCCCGCUCCUCCACACGGCCCGGGGCCCACAAACGCCAUGACGGCCAAGCCUGGAAACAACGCCAUGCCGAGUAACCACGGUAACGCGUACAUGACCAGUAAAGAGGCAGCAGCGAGGAAACAACAGCAACAACAUCAUCAGCAGCAGAUCCUGGAGCAACAGAAACAGCAGCAGUACAUUCAGAGGCAGCAGCAGAUUUUAGCCGAACAGGAGAAGCAGCGGCAGCGACACCUGACCCGACCUCCUCCACAGUACCAGGACCAGUCGGGAACAACGGCCAGUCAGAACCCUUACCCACAGCAGCCGGCCAACCAGUUUACAGCUUCCUCUCAGCCAAUGGGCAGUGUCAGCUCCAUGGGAGGCCCCGCCCCCGGGUCCCGUAUGUUCCCUCAGAACCAGGGCAUGAUGAGCAUGAACAUGGGUCAGGGUGGUGGUCCAGCAGGUGGCGUAGCCCCGCCCCCGACAGUGAGUCAGGCUGACAUUAGUCAGGGGGGUGGAGCCGGCGUGGACGUCCUCUACAACACCAUGAGCAUGCACCCCAACCACCUGGCCCAGCAAACCAGUCUGCAGCGCCAGACGUCUCUGAACACCACCAUGAGCGCUCCGUACGGGCACAACCUCCUGCCUCAGCAGCAGCACCUGAAGACGCCGCCCAAUGCAGCUAUGUUGAAGCAGCCUCAUGUGGCCGGAGCUGCCCGUCUCCCAGCCUCCAUGCAGGGCAACAUGGGGGGCGGCAUGCCGGGCGGUCAGAGCACCGCCUGGCAGCAGCAGCUCGUCAACCAGCCGCCUUCCAGUAAUGCAGGCCUGUCCUUCAGCGGCCCCCCCAAUGCCUUCCACAUGCCGCCGCAGCAGCAGCCUUGCAUUCCCAAGAUGCCAUCCGGCUCCGCCCCCUUUGGCGGCAACCCAGGUGGACGUCCGAUGGGUGGUCUGAAUCCCGGACAACAAAUGAUGCAGACAAACAUGGCAGCGCCCCAGCAGAGGGCACUGCCCAACCCCCAAAGACAGGGCCAGCCAAUGACCAAUCAGCAGCAGGGCCCCCAGAACCAGGCCGUACUCCCCAACCUGGCAGCGUUCGGACAGCCGCAAGGCAACGGUCGCCAGGGACUACAGUGUAACCAAGGAUACCAGGUGAGCCAAACAGUGAGUCAGCAGCAGCAUCAGGUGUCAUUCGGAUACAACGUGGCGUCGGGGAGUUUCCCCGCGGAGAGCGACCUGGUGGACUCGCUGCUGAAAGGACAGAACACGCAGGAGUGGAUGGCCGACCUGGACGAACUGCUCGCCAACCACCACUAGUCUCACGCACGCACGCACACACACGAAGCCUGCAGAGUGAGCCGCCGACCACUUCCUGCUGCCACCACGUGUUGGCGUUAGUCGCAGAAGGCUGGCGACCGCGUCACGUUCUCAUGCUGUCAGAGAGAAGCCUGUCAGCACCGCACACACACAGACUGGCCGUUGAAUCAUUGCAGCACGAUGAAGAAACACAGUGUUCAGAGCUCCUGUAAGCGGCCACAUUCCUGCUCGGAGGCUCUGCAAUUCAGCUGAGUCAGCUGAUCCGUGCAGCUGAGCUCCUCCGGGGUUUCCCACAGAUCAGACUGAAUUCACGGGUGGGAACACCACACUUUCUUCAUUAGAUCAAUAAAUAUUUAAAUAAUAGAGUAAGAAAACCAGCUGCCUUUCCAGGAAGUUCCUCAUCCCACUGUUCGGACUGCAGCUGGCUGUCCUCUUGCUCUGAAGCCGCGGUGACCUCGCUAAACCUGCUUCAGGUUCAAGGUGGAAUGACCUCCCAGCUCACCGCAGCUUCAGAACAUCUGCCCACAUCAGCGGUGAUCCGCAGGCAUCCAUAUGAGAUGAGGUGAUGGAGUCUCUGGAAAGCAGCUGAGCGAGUCUGUGGGAAACACGACAGGAACGGCUGGGGCAGUGACUGACCUUUCAAAAUAAGAGUGAUGGGAUAGUCCACUAUGAAACUGAUCGUAUUGUCGUUUUGAGUGAAAAUUGUCGUUUAACAUCUCCACGCGGUCCUCGAAGGCUCCGUUCAGAUAAGCAGAUUAACGAAGCGCUCGGUGUGUAAAAACACUCCUGGUAGAAAAGUCCUCAAAAAAAACAUUUAAAAAAAAUUACUGUUGCAGUCCUGACAUGAGCUUCCAUUCUGGACUUGGAUGCACUAUACAAAUAAAACCAGUUUUAAAAUGCAGAUUGGGGUUUUUAUGGAGUAAAAAAAAAAAAGUGGACUUUUAUAUGAAUAUUAAGAAUUGGUUCUAAAACGAUUGCCACCUUCUUUUAAGCUGCUGUUGUCCCUGCAGGAUGGCACUAAUCAGCUUUUGUCCUCAAACUUUCUAAAUUUAUGGAAUGAAAUGAGCACACAGCAGGCGUGUUUGGGCCUAAUCUGGGCUAACUUUGGCACAACAGAGACAGAUGCUGAUUUUCAGAGUCAGGUGUGGGCCAAACAUUGGCUGCUGUGUGGUGUUCGACCUUUUAUUGCACAUUUGGAGGACAUUACGUGAUAAACAUCAGAGCAUAUCUGCUAAUGAACGGGACAAGAACUAACUGGCGCUUCGAGAGCAGCCAGACGAGAUUCAGGUCAAAGCCUGAAAAACCCACCACCUGAUACUGGAUCAGCUGUCUUUAAAGGAAAUGAAAUCAGAGCGUUGAAGCUCGGUUUAAUUUUUCCCCGUAUAAAGACUGAAAGUGUUUGUGAUCCUUUGCCUGAAGGUUUCCUGAUUGUUGUGAAGUAGCCUGAACUGAUUAAACUGGUUUCUGAGACUUUCUGUUCUCUUCCACCAGGAGUGUAAAUCUAAACAUCUGCACACGAGUCAACGGUAAACACAAACAAACUGUGUGCACGCACAAAAACAGCAGUAAGAUUACUACUGAACCUGCAGUCUCUGCCUUCGACCGCCACGUUAGCAUUAAGUCACAUUAAAGGACCAUCCCUCUGUUUUUUUGUUUGGUUUUUUUUUAGGGGGGGGGGGGUUCAGCUGGUUGUCUGUUUUGUUUUUUUAUUUUUAGGACUGAAUCAACAUGUGUUUGUUUCUGGUUUUACAGCUUGAGCCGGGUGAUUUUCAUACUGUAGGGAAAUUAUUUUCUCCAUAAACAUUUAAAUAACUUAACAAUAGCGCAUUCUUUGUUUAGGUAAAUGAGAUGCUGGUAUAUCGAGCCUUUUUUCCCCCUAUGAAAUGUCAUGUUUUAAAUUUGAGGCCAGCUGGUUGUUGGAGGCUCACAGAUAUUCCGGCAGAUUUCAUAAAUCGAGGGGAAAAAAACAGAGAAAUGGUCCUUUAAAAACAUAACAAGCCGCCGGGAAAUGAGCAGCAGGAAUCGGAAAGUUUCUGUCGCGGAGUCCAGUACUUGAACCUCCAGGUGAAUGCGCAGAGUCCAAACAAACAGGCGCACUGAACCGCGAUGCCUUUAAGUCACUCAUAAUGUUAUUCUGUGAUUCAGCCUGGCGAGAAACCUGCAGAGAAAUCAUCCAUCACCUCCUCUAAAGCUGCGUUUCUGAGCGGAAAAACAUGGAAAACACAGGAAACUUGUGCCCUUUAAUGAGGACAUUUUGCCCUGUGUGUGGUCUGACAGACAGUGGUCUGAAGGCUGAUAGAGUAAAAUGCCCUGCCAGUCUGAAGAAUUUCAGUCCUUUUAUUUAAGGCAGAAUUCAAGUAAAAAUAGUUUUCACCCUCGUCUUACACCUGCUUCAUAUGUACAAGAAAAUUUGGCCUCGGGAUUUAGAUCCCACUGUUCUCACCUGGAUGUGAUUUAACAUAGAAAUAUAAAGUAAAUAAAAAUAAAAUCGAAACAUUUCCAUGUGACAGUUUGACGCUUUGUUUUAAGCUAGAAAUUUAAUGUGAACUAAAUAUCCCUGCAGUCGUUGGGCUCGGUCAGGUUGCUCAGACUCCGUGCUGGGGACGCGGCGUUGGCGUUCCUGUCAUUCAGAGACUUCAAACUGCGUCAUCUGCAUUUGAUGAAUCUUCCGUUGUGUCCACACAGUUGUCACCGCCGGCGUUAAUCAGAAUGAACCAUUCUGACGGUUCUCUGCAAGGUGGAACUCCGGCCGGGUCGCCACGUUGAAAGUGGAGCGGUGACCCGGUCGUCCUAUCUACUGUACUGUUGUCCAUGUUUGCGUGUCCUCGCGGCAGCGCUGUUCCUGUUUUUGUCGCCGAUCGGUCGCUCGGGGAUGGUUUCGUGUUUCCAUUCAAAUCGCUGCCAAUCCCUGGGCCCGCCUUCGACUUCCAGCCUCGCUCGGUCUCCCGGGGUUUUCUGGGUUAAAUGUUGUAAACAGGCUCUGUGUAAAUGUCUAUAAAUAUAUUUUUUGUAUGUAUGCCUUUCCUAAUGAUCUGGAGAAGAUAGAUGUUAUUUUUAUAUAUUGCAGCGGAUGUUUUGUAAGUAUUUUAUACUUUUGAUAUGGUUCUCUGUAAAACAAGAGUAUUAUGUAAAUAUAGUUCUUUAGAAAGCU